AUGCAAGCCUUGAGAAGCAUUUUUGUGUGCUACUUCUUAUUUCCCUUCUUAAGAAUCUCCACUCCAACAACACUAGACACAAUUACUCCAAAUCGAUAUAUUAGAGACGGUGAAAGUCUAGUUUCAGCAGUUGUAUGGGUAGCCAACAGAGAAACACCACUUGGCGAUACUUCUGGAGUUUUGAAGGUCACUGAGCAAGGAGUUCUAGUCCUUCUCAAUAGCUCAAACAGCAUUGUAUGGUCAUCCAAUACAUCAACAACCGCAAGGAAUCCGGUAUCACAACUCCUGGAUUCAGGAAAUCUUGUUGUGAAAGAUGGAAAUGAAACCAACCCUGUUAACCUUUUGUGGCAGAGUUUUGAUUAUCUUUGUGACACAUUCCUACCAGAAAUGAAGCUUGGUUGGGACUUAGUUACUGGUUUAGAGAGGUACGUCUCGUCUUGGAGGAGCACAGACGAUCCCGCUCCAGGAGAGUUUUCGUUACGGAUAGAUCAUCGUGGUUUCCCACAAGCUGUUGUUGUGAAAGGAGCUAAGAUAGUGGCUUCAGCAGGCUCAUGGAACGGCCUUCAUUUUACAGCAUAUCCAUAUCCUCCACAAACACGAGCAAACCCAACAUUGGAGUAUGAAUUUGUGUUGAACAAGGAGGAGAUCUAUUAUGAGUUCAGGCUCUCAAAGAGGUCCACGUUCUCAAGAUAUAUAUUGAAUCCAUCAGGCAUUGCGCAGCGAUUAACAUGGGUGCACCAAACACAUAGUUGGGAACUUUCCUCUACAUUUCAAGCAGACCGGUGUGAAAAUUAUGCUUUGUGUGGUGCAUAUGCUAGUUGCAAUAUGAAUGUCUCUCCCUUGUGUGCAUGCUUGAAGGGAUUUGUACCAAAAUCUCCAAAAGAUUGGAAUUCGGGAUAUUGGUCUGAUGGGUGUGUUCGAAAGAUUCCAUUGGCUUGCAGCUCGGGGGAUGGCUUCCUAAAGUACACUGGGGUUAAAUUGCCAGACACAUCUUCCUCAUGGUUUGAUAAAAGCAUGAGCCUCAAGGAAUGCAAGGGAUUAUGUUUGAACAACUGCUCAUGUACGGCAUAUGCAAAUUUAGAUAUCAGGGAAGGAGGAACUGGCUGCUUGCUUUGGUUUGGCAAGCUCAUUGAAAUAAGGGAAUUCACUUCCGGUGGUGGUCAAGACCUCUAUAUGCGGAUGGCAGUUUCAGAACUUGGAGUCAGAAGCAUGGAUUGCAGAAAAUAUUACCUUGGAGAAGACAUGGGAUUACCACUAUUAAACUUUACCACUUUAGCUAAAGCCACUAAUGACUUUUCAAGCAGUAACAAGCUGGGAGAAGGUGGUUUUGGACCUGUGUACAAGGGUAUAUUGAUAGGAGGGAAAGAAAUUGCAGUGAAAAGGCUUUCAAAGGAUUCCGGACAAGGACUGAGGGAGUUCAAAAAUGAAGCUAUGCUGAUAGCCGGACUUCAACAUCGUAAUCUUGUAAAGCUUUUGGGUUGUUGCAUUCAAGAAGAUGAAAAAAUUUUGAUAUAUGAAUUCAUGACCAACAGAAGCUUGGACUUCUUUAUUUUUGAUCAUGAGGGACAAAAGUUGCUCGACUGGGCUACAUGCUUCCACAUUAUUGGUGGAAUUGCUAGAGGGCUUCUUUAUCUUCACCAAGACUCUAGAUUGAGAAUUAUCCAUAGAGAUUUGAAAGCUAGCAAUAUCCUGCUUGAUAAUAAUAUGAACCCUAAGAUUUCAGACUUCGGCCUCGCUAAAACAUUUGGUAGUGAUCAAAGUCGGGGUAAUACAAAAAGAGUGGUUGGAACGUAUGGUUACAUGUCUCCUGAAUAUGCAGUAGAUGGAAUUUUCUCGAUGAAAUCUGAUGUCUUUAGCUUUGGAGUAAUACUGCUAGAGAUGUUGAGUAGGCAAAAUAACAGGGGAUUUUCUAACCCAGAUCACCACCUUAACCUUCUGGGACAUGCAUGGAUACUAUGGAUUGAAGAUAAAGCAUUGGAACUGAUUGAUAAGACAUUACGUGAUUCGUGCACCAUAUCUGAAGUGUUAAGGUGUCUUCAUGUGGCGCUGUUAUGUGUGCAAAGAGUACCUGAAGAUAGACCAAGCAUGUCAUCUGUGGUUCUAAUGUUGAGCAGUGACGUUACCUUGCCUCCACCAAAGCAGCCUGGUUUUUACACCGAGCGAAGUGUCCCUGAAUCACCCUUAAGUACACGCCGGUGUUCAGCGAAUACUUCCAUUACAAUAAUAGAGGCUCGGUAG